AACCGUUGCGCCUAGGUAUCACCGCUAACAACCGCCAUCUGUAGGUGCACCAGUCCCAUGAAACCUCGAAGCCUCCAGAGCACUUCUUCGUGAUCGUGGGUACAAACAUACUCCAAGGCUCCGAUCAAGUGAUGGUGGUACCGCAGUCCUCACGCCCUCCGCCGCUACACCGACACUGACAUCGGCCUGCACAAUAUGCCCGAGGACUUCUGGCACUCAAACAUUGGCUGGACGAUUGUCAAGCCGCGAUACCAUCUCGGUGUGGCCAAAGUCAGUGACCUGAGCAAGGACCCUGUCAUUCAGUGGCAACACCCGCGGUACGUCUGGUUGCUCCUCGGCUGUGGUUCGGUCUUGCCUACCUUGGUUGUCAGGUUUGGCUGGGGCGGCUAGACGAGCAGAUUCUGGUUCGCGGGUACUGCUCGCUUGUGCUUCGUUCACCUCGUACGCGACUCUGCCUUUAUACGCAUAUAUGCAUAUGUUUACCUCCUACCUAGUCUAUUUUUGUCACCGCACUCGUCACCGUCGGCGAAGGCUACGGUAAUUUCUAUCACCAGUCCCCGAUAGACUACGGAACGCGAUUAG